AUGAGCGGGCUUGAGGAGACAGAUUUUUCAGUCGAGGGUGUGACGGGGUUGAGAGGGGUGGACAGAGGUUGCAGUUCUUCGACCACGGGUAUGGUCGUGCCAACAGGAGGUGAUGUUGGUUACUGGUCUUCCGGACGAGGCGAAGACAGAUUAAGCCUCCAAUCCACCUCUAAUCUCACGUUUGUUUACCAAAAUUCCGGUCCGUCCGAUAGGAUAGGGAUCGCGAUGAAUAGUAAAGUGUGGGUGGAGGUCGUCGAGCCAGAGGACGGGCUUCUCAAUUUGGAAUUUGGAUGUGUAUCCCUCCAUUUGGAAUUUGUUCUCAAUAGCUUGUGUGAUGAUUUGGAUGGCGGGGAAUGA